UCAUGUCCGAGCAAACGGAUUUACCGAGUGAUACACCGUGCAGGUGUGUAGGUGUUGGAGUCGCUAGCUUGCUUUCACGCUUUACUUCACCACUUGGUUGACCACUCCAAUUCUCAACCAUUUACAACUCCUACUCCGCUUCAUCAUCCACCACUCCUACUCCUUUUCACCACGCCAAAGCGCGAGCUCACCACACUCUUCGUCAUCUUCCCACCACCUUCACACAAGUUCAAACACACCAACCUCCGAAAAGCGAAAGAAAUGUCAGCCAACAUCCAUAAGCGCCGCUUCUCCCUCAUCUCCUCCGACGAAGCCACCAUCGCUCCAUCCAACAAAACCCUCAAGCGCGGCGCCGGCAGUGUCAAGCGACACUUUUUCAACCACAAGAACAAGUACGCACCCUUCGUCUCCGAGUUCGAGGGACUCGAGUCCCAGGGACUCGGCCUGAUAUCGAUCCGGUUCCCGAUCGCAAUGUAG